GCCGUGCGGGUGCUGCCAGAGGGGGACACCGUGCCCCAAGUGCCGGCGGGCGGGGCGGAGGGCCAGUCCGGGCCCGCGCUGCGGGACGGUCCCCGAGCCGCCUCGCCGCGACCGGCAGCCGGGGAGGGAGAAAGGAAGGCGAAGGGUCGCUGUGUGUCAGCCCCGGUGGCGCGGCCGCGGGGUCCCGUGCGCUGCGGGUCCGGGUCUGAACGAGCCCCGGCCUCUGGGCAGCUGCUCGGCGAGACUCGCCGGCGGGCUCAUACACCAGGAGGCCGCCCUAGCAACGGGCUCGUGGCUGUGUGAGUAAAGAAAGUGUUGAUCAUGUUGGGCUCAGGGUUCAAGGCUGAGCGCCUGAGGGUCAACCUACGCCUUGUCAUCAAUCGCCUCAAACUGCUGGAGAAAAAGAAAACUGAGUUGGCCCAGAAGGCAAGGAAGGAGAUUGCAGAUUAUCUGGCAGCUGGAAAAGAUGAGCGUGCCAGGAUUCGUGUGGAGCACAUCAUCCGUGAAGAUUACCUUGUGGAGGCCAUGGAGAUCCUGGAGCUGUACUGCGACCUGCUGCUAGCCCGCUUUGGCUUGAUUCAGUCCAUGAAGGAGCUGGACUCUGGCCUGGGAGAAGCGGUAUCUACACUAAUUUGGGCUGCACCACGACUCCAGUCAGAAGUGGCUGAGCUGAAGAUUGUUGCUGACCAGCUGUGUGCCAAAUACAGCAAGGAGUAUGGGAAGCUGUGCCGGACAAACCAGAUUGGGACAGUCAAUGACAGGCUGAUGCACAAGCUGAGUGUGGAGGCACCACCCAAGAUCCUGGUGGAGAGGUACCUCAUCGAGAUUGCCAAGAACUACAACGUGCCCUAUGAGCCUGACUCGGUGGUGAUGGCUGAAGCUCCUGCAGGCGGUGAGGCAGACCUGAUUGAUGUGGGAUUCACGGAUGAUGUGAAGAAGGGUGGCCCUGGAGGGGGAGGAGGUGGAGGAUUUACAGCCCCGCUGCUUGGUCAUGAUGGAAUAGUGCCCAUGCCAGUGAUGAUGCCCAUGCCCAUGCCAGCACCAAACCCACCCUUCUCCUAUCCGCCUCCAAAGGGACCAGAGAACUUCAGUGGUGUACCAGUGGGGACCUAUCAGCCUUUCACCAACAUCCAUCCACCACCAAUUCCAGCAGCCCCUCCAACAUAUGAGUCUAUUGAUGAGCCUAAUCCUGACAAGGAUGCUUCUGCCCCAGUGGUUGGGCCUGGGCCUAAUCCAGAAGCUUCUCCUAAACCAAAAGCUGAGGUUCCUCAUACCUUUGAUAACUUUGUGCUGCCUGAAUUACCAUCUGUGCCAGAUACGCUGCCAACAGCAUCUGCUGGCGCCAACUCUUCUGCCUCUGAAGACAUCGACUUUGAUGAUCUUUCUCGGAGAUUUGAGGAGCUAAAGAAGAAGACAUAAAACUGAGUGGGCUGUGGCCCUGGUGUGAGGGGCAGGAGCUGUGACAGCUUCAUCCCUCUGAAACGCUCCCCUUGAAGCUGUUUUUCUCUGUUAACCUCCGAUGAACACACUCUUUUUUGCACUCUCUUCCUACUGCACUUAAACCAAGUGCUGCUGCUUUCCUGACCUUUGUUGCUCCGGGAAGGGAACUUUGGGGACUCCUGUGAGGCCGGAGCAGGGGUCAACCCCUGUAAAGGCAGCUGGUGGGGGAAAUUGUGCCGGGUGUUGCAGGUGCCAUUCCUGACUGCCUCUACCAUGCCUCUGUGCCCACUCCUGCAGGGGAGGGAGGUGAGAGCUGGAUGGCGCUUUCUCCUCCUCCCAGCAGCAGCACCCUCGGCUCUGGCGCCUGGUAUGGUGACAGUGAUGGAGUCCCUUUGUUCAGAGUUCUCAAGGGGCCUUGCUCUGGGACCUGUGCCGGCCCUGGCAUUCUGCCUAUCCCUGGUUCCAGCUAUCACUGUUUGAA